AUGUUUCGGCUACUUUGGCUUAUCGUAAUCUUGUCAUCCUGUCUUCAAUUUGCGCUUGGCCAAGACCCAGAAAUCAAAAUGACAGUGCCCGAGAUCAUUCAAUACUGGGGUUACCCGGUGGAGGUACACUAUGCAGUCACCCAAGACGGAUAUAUACUCGAAUUGCAUCGAAUCCCGAAUGGGAAAGAUAAGCCCACAAACAACACCAAACGCCCUGUUGUCUUCCUACAGCACGGAUUGGAGAGCAGCAGUUCUGUCUGGGUAACGAAUCUUCCCCAACAGAGUGCAGGUUUCGUUUUUGCUGACGCUGGUUUUGAUGUCUGGAUGGGAAAUAUGCGUGGGAACAGGUAUUCUAGAAGUCACAUUCGCCUAAAUCCCGUCUUCAGCAGCUUCUGGGAAUUCAACUGGGACCAAAUGGCUCAGUACGACCUGCCGGCGAUGAUCGAUAAAGCAUUGGUGGUAUCUGGGCAACCGUAUGUCUACUAUGUUGGACAUUCGCAGGGUAGCCUUACGAUGUUUGUCAAACUUUCUGAGGACUCGUCUUUUUCCAGAAAGGUUUCAUAUUUCGGAUCUGGUGAAUUCCUUCUGAAUGGCUCCUUCUUGGGAUAUCUCACACCAUCGGCAUGUGAAACAACAAUUCAACGUGAACUUUGCAAGCAAAUCUUAUUCGCAUUUGGUGGCCCUGCUGAAGGAAAUGAAAUUCAGAGUCGAAUUACCGUCUAUCUAUCCCACUUUCCUGCGGGCACGUCAUCUAUGAAUAUCCUUCACUGGGUUCAAAUGAUCAAUACAGGAACCGUGACCAAAUUGGAUUAUGGCCAAGGAACGAAUAUAGUUACAUAUGGGCAGAUUAACCCUCCCUCAUAUAAUCUUCGGAACAUUCCCAAUGUCCCCGUCUAUAUCUUUUCGGGAGGAAAUGACUGGAUCGCCACCGAAUAUGACAUCAGGACUUACCUGAUUCCUCUUUUAGGACCUCGUCUUCAGAUGCACACCUAUCUGCCUGAAUACAGUCAUUUCGACUUCACAUGGGGUCUCAAUGCAGCCGACGAUGUUUACAAACCCAUAGCGGGUCUUAUCCACGAAAGCUUCUAUAGAGUUCGAGAAGCAACUGCUUCAAACACCAAUAUAUAG